AUGAGAGGGCGCAUUGAAAGUCUUGUCCGUUUCAUUCGAAGCUGUGGAGAAUCCAGAGAUUUACUCGCUGCCAAGAACCUCCAUGCCCGCAUUGCCAACACCCCAGAUCUGCACGAGAACGAUCGAAGGUACCUCUCCAAUCUCCUUGUCCAGAUGUAUGGCAAGUGUGGCGAUGUCGACCAAGCACGCCGUGUGUUUGAGACGAUCCAGCCCAAGAACACAUUCUCGUGGAGCAUCAUGAUGGGCGCCUUCACUCUAAACGGGCACGUCCACGACGCCAAAGCCGUGUUUGAUGCAAUGCCAUCGCGGGAUGUUGUGGCUUGGAACGCGCUGGUGGGAUUGUUUGCACGGGCGGGGAUGCUGGAAUCGGCGAAGAUGGUCUUCGACAAGAGCCCGGGGUGGGAUCCGGCGUCCUGGACGAGCUUGGUGAUGGAACUUGCCCAAAAGGGGCAUCUUGACGAAGCAAAGUCCCUCUUUGAUCGAUGCCUCCUCAAAGAUGUGAUCCUCAACACCGCGAUGCUCACUGCGUUUCUCCAGCACAGGCGAAUAGAUGGCGCCAAGGCUGUGUUUGAUUUGAUGCCGCAAAGAAACGUAGUCUCGUGGAACGCUCUCGUUUCUGGAUUUGCCAAAGCCGGGAAUCUCAAGCAACUGCGAGAGCUCUUUGAUAGAAUGCCGCACUGGGACUCUGUGGCCUGUACGGCAGUGAUCGCAGCCCUUGGUGACGCGGGGAGGAUUGAGGAGGCCGAGCUUGUGUACGGCCUCAUGGCCGAGCAGAGCGACGUGUCGUGCACCGCCAUGUUCCUGGCAUAUGCCGAGAACGGGCAUCUGGAGGAUGCCGAGCGCAUAUUCUCGGGGCUGAAGCACAGCAAGGACGUUGUGGUGUGGACCGCAAUGCUGGUGGUGUACGGCCAAAAGGGUUUUGUGGAGUCAUCAGAAAGAAUCUUUAGAUGCAUGCCAAUGAGGAAUCUUGUGACGUGGAACGCGAUGGUUCAGGCGUAUGCCGAGAAUGGGAAUCUGGAUCUGGCGCACGCUGCGUUCCACAGGAUGCCUGCCACUGACGUGGUGUCAUGGAACGCGUUGAGCACGGCAUUGGCGAUGAACGGCGAGAUCGACGCCGCGUGGCACGUUUUCGACUCGGUGAGGCCUGAGAAAAACCUCCAGUCGUGGAAUGGGGUCAUGGUGGUGGCUGCCCAGUCGGGGCAGGCCAAGCGGCUCUUCGACACGUGUCCAAAGUGGGACGUUGUCUCGUGGACGGCCCUGAUCGCCUCGUACGGGCAGCACGGAUCCCUAGCCGAGGCCGAGUCGGUGUUCGAAUCCGCGUGUGCCCAUCUCGACCCCGCUUGCUGGAACGCUAUGAUUGUAAUUUUUGUCCAAAAUGGCCACCUGGCCAAAGCCAGGGGCUUGUUUGAGAGAAUGGCCACCCGGGAUUCUAUAACCUGGAACGCCAUGGUGUCGGCUCACGCACAGAAUGGCCACCUUGACGUGGCAGUGGAAUUCCUGCACGGAAUGUGCCUUGAGGGGAGGAAGCUCAAUCCGGAAUCUUUUAGAUGCAUUCUCGUUGCGUGUAGCUACGGUGGUAACGUGGGUGAAGCAUGGAAGUACUUUGUGUCACUGAGGGGUGACCAUGCCAUAAACCCGUCCAAGGACCAUUACUGUUGCAUGGUUGAUACUUUGGGACGAGCUGGGAGGCUGUGUGAGGCGCAAGAGCUUAUUUGUGCCAUGCCUUACAUUGCUGAUGUGGAGUGGGCAUCUUUGCUUGCCUCUUGUGCUACUUACAAGGAUGACUAUCGAGCCAAACAAGCAGCCAACGUUCUUUUCAAGCUCCAGCCAGAAAUCUCGGCGCCUUAUGUCACAUUAUCAAAUGUUUAUUGUGGGUGA